AACACAGUAGCUUUAGAAAGAAAACUAAAAAUUUGUCCUUACUCCAAUCUCAAGCAAGCAUUUCUUGUUCUAACACUUCUUUUUCCGGUCAGAUAUUUAUUUCUCAGUCAGUUCCAAUACACAAAAAAUAAUUAUCCACCCGUAAAUGAUAAUUAUUCAAUCUAAAACAUACCCACUUAAAUUCACCCCCAAUUAUCUCAAACCCAUCUUUCAAUUUACAAAUUCCCCCUGCUUUUCUUCUCCAUCUUCGCAUUAAUACCUAAUUUGUUAAUUUUCCCGCCAUGGCAGCAGUUUUCAGAUCCAAAUCAUCGAAAAGAACAGCUUCCUUCACCGCCAGAUACUUCACAUUCAGUUACAUGCUAGCCGGCGGCGGCGGAGGCGGCGGUGUAACACUAUUUAGCUCUAGCUCUUACUGUACAUAUCGUAGUAAAUGGGACGAUUAUUUUGCCAAUACUCCGUAUCACUUCACUUCAUUCAAGCCGUUAUCUCUGCGAGGUGAAUUUGUGGAUAAGGGUAUUCGAUUGCUGGAUAAUAAGAGAAAUUGGGGUCAAAAUUUGAAUUAUAAUGUUAUUGGUAGUGGUGGUGGUGGGUCUAGUUAUGGAGGGGAGCCACCGGAGGUGUGGCAGCCACCGGGAGAUGAGAUUGCUACUGUUAGGGCAAGUGAAGUGCUUGGCGGCGGCGGCGGUGGUGGAAGUAGAGGUGGGUCUGGGUCGAAUUUGAAGGAUGGGUGUUGGGGUGGAUCUAAUUUGGGUAAUAAUUUUCCAACUCCUAAAGAAAUUUGUAAGGGACUUGAUAAAUUUGUUAUUGGACAAGAGAGAGCUAAAAAGGUGCUCUCCGUCGCAGUUUACAAUCACUAUAAGAGGAUCUAUCAUGAUUCCAUUCAAAAGUGGUCUGCAGGAGAUUCAGGAAAUAGCAAAUCAGAAAUUGUGGACGAUGAUGAUGUGGAACUUGAGAAAAGUAACAUUCUUCUCAUGGGACCUACAGGCUCAGGGAAGACAUUACUUGCCAAAACUCUGGCACGGUUUGUGAAUGUUCCCUUUGUUAUUGCAGAUGCAACCACAUUGACUCAGGCAGGAUAUGUUGGGGAAGAUGUGGAAUCCAUAUUGUACAAGCUACUUAUGUCUGCCGACUAUAAUGUGGCAGCUGCUCAGCAGGGCAUUGUAUACAUUGAUGAAGUUGACAAGAUCACAAAAAAGGCUGAGAGUGUUAACAUUAGUAGAGAUGUAUCUGGUGAGGGAGUUCAGCAAGCAUUGUUAAAAAUGCUUGAAGGAACGGUUGUCAAUGUUCCAGAAAAGGGAGCUCGAAAACAUCCAAGAGGUGAAAAUAUUCAGAUUGAUACAAAGGAUAUUCUCUUCAUAUGUGGGGGUGCCUUUAUUGACUUGGAGAAGACCAUUUCAGAAAGGCGCCAAGAUUCUUCCAUUGGGUUUGGUGCACCAGUACGUGCAAACAUGAGAACAGGUGGUGUUACAAGUGCUGCUGUGACAUCAUCUUUAUUGGAGACUGUUGAAAGUGGUGAUCUUAUUUCUUAUGGCCUGAUACCUGAAUUUGUUGGAAGAUUUCCAGUUCUUGUGAGUUUAUCAGCACUUACUGAGAAUCAACUUGUGCAGGUUUUGACUGAGCCAAAAAAUGCCCUUGGGAAGCAAUACAAGAAGAUGUUUCAAAUGAAUGGUGUGAAAUUACAUUACACAGAAGAUGCGUUGAGAUUAAUUGCUAAAAAUGCAAUAACCAAAAACACCGGUGCUCGAGGGCUUCGGACCAUACUAGAAACCAUAUUGAUGGAUUCCAUGUAUGAGAUUCCUGAUGUUAGAACAGGAGAUAAUAUCAUCGAUGCUGUUAUAGUUGACGAAGAAGCUGUAGGAUCCAAAGGACGCGGAACUGGAGGCAAGAUCCUCUAUGGUAAGGGUGCAUUGGAUUGUUACCUCUCCAAACAAAAAGUAAAGGAUUCCGAGACUGCUGCCGAUGGGUCUGAAGGAGAACCGGAAGUGGAAACAGAGCUCUCUUCCAUCGUCGCUAGCAUGUAAUGUACUGUAAGCUAAUCCAUGUACAUAAUACUAGUUCAUAUUAAUUUAGUAAAUUUAAAAAAGCAAACAUAAUAAACAGUUGGUCCACGAAAUUUCAGUUCAGCUGCAGUCAAGCCAUAAUGUAAUUGUGUACAUUUUCUAAUCAUUUGGUAGCCCACCUUGUUGUUUUUUGGCUUACAAAAUACUCUUGUGUUUGGCAUCAUUUUCUUGGAAAUAGAUAUUUUGUGUUUUUAAGUAA